ACUGAAGUGAAGGAUAAAGUGAAAGUAGACGAUGAAGAGAAAGUGGAAACUGAAGAAUUAACAGAAGACACAAAAGGCAUUCCAGAAUUCUGGUUAACUGCAAUGAAAAAUGUUGAUAUGAUAUCAGAAAUGAUCCAGGAACAUGAUGAGCCAAUCUUGAAGCACUUACAGGACUUAAGAGUUAUAUUUAGUGGACCCGGAAGUGACGUGGACAAUUCCCAGUACCCCCUACCGAUACCCAUGGGUUUUGUUCUGGAAUUCCACUUCACACCCAACCCUUUCUUUACCAAUACUGUGCUGACCAAGAGCUAUAUUAUGAAGUGUGAACCUGAUGAAGAUGACCCUUUCUCAUUUGAAGGACCUGAAAUAGUUAACACCUCAGGCUGUAAAAUUGAUUGGAAGAAAGGAAAAAAUAUCACCCAGAAAGUGAUAAAGAAAAAACAAAGACAUAAAGGAAGACCAACCAAAAGAAUGCAAACAGCAAUAAACUGCCUGACCCCUCCCAUGAAGGGAAUUAUUUUGUCUUUAAUCUGAUUCUUCAGAUUUCACUUUAGCUACCAAUCCACGCGGUUCAGACGCGAUAACCUAAUACCAUCAUUGAGCUGAAGCACCUGAUUGGUGGUCCUUGUCACAUGAUUCAGUCCUAAAUUGCGUGUAAAAAUAUCUUGAUAAAUAACAGCAGUAUGAGAUUAUUAGUAGAUUCCUCUGUUGAUAAGGAAUUCUUAGUAAUUGCUGCGUUUUGUAAUAAAGGAAACAUUUGAACAAUGAUUUAACUCAAA